GCAGCAGGAAGCGCACGGGGCUCCUCUGACGCCGCGAUCGCAAAGGAAAAGCCUGCCAGCCAGGAGCUGGGCUGGUGCCUGUGUCCUGCCUCAGCCGUGUUGGUACAGCCUCCCCAAGGCCAAGCUGGUGGAUGGAUUGCCUUUCCACAUCUGCUUCCUGACCUUGCCAGCCCCUGCCUCAAAGGACACUUUGGCUCUGCUCCCUCUCAGCAGCCGGAGCAGCAACUCCCAGAGAAGUUUUGGCACAUCGGGCCUGUAGGCUGCUCUGUCACCAAUGAACCCCAUGAACCCCAUGAAACCUGCCCUGCCCCCUGCACCACACGGUGAUGGUUCAUUUGCAUAUGAGUCUGUGCCUUGGCAACAAAGUGCCACUCAGCCAGCCGGGUCACUGUCUGUGGUUACUACUGUGUGGGGAGUUGGCAACGCAACUCAAAGCCAGGUUUUGGGGAACCCCAUGGGCCCUGCAGGAAGCCCCCCUGGUGGCUCUAUGAUGCCUGGUGUGGCAGGUGGCAGCUCUGCCUUGACCUCCCCGCAGUGCCUGGGACAGCAGGCGUUUGCUGAAGGUGGUGCUAGCAAGGGCUACGUCCAGCAAGGCGUGUAUGGCCGCGGGGGCUACCCUGGGGGAUCCAGCUUCACCACUGGGUAUGCAGGUGGCCCUGGAGGCCUGGCCCUCCCCUCACAUGCUGCGCGGCCCUCGACAGACUUCACACAAGCAGCAGCUGCAGCUGCUAUGGCUGCUGCCGCAGCCACCGCCACAGCCACGGCCACGGCCACUGUGGCUGCCCUGCAGGAGAAACAGAGCCAGGAGCUAAGCCAAUAUGGAGCGAUGGGAACUGGACAGUCUUUUAACAGCCAGUUUCUGCAGCAUGGUGGUCCCCGAGGACCCAGUGUACCCCCUGGCAUGAACCCUUCUGGCAUGGGAGGAAUGAUGGGCCCCUCUGGCCUCUCUUCCAUGGCCAUGAACCCUGCCCGGGCAGCAGGCAUGACACCCUUGUAUGCAGGACAGCGACUGCCUCAACAUGGGUACCCUGGGCCUCCUCAGGCCCAGCCAUUGCCCCGACAGGGCGUCAAGAGAGCCUAUUCAGAGGUGUACCCUGGGCAGCAGUAUCUACAAGGAGGCCAGUAUGCAGCCAGCACUGCCCAGUAUGGUCCUGGUCCUGGGCAACCCCCUGGCCCUGCCUCCUCUUACCCCGGACACAGGCUACCCCUGCAGCAGGCCAUGGCCCCUUCCCUGUCUGCACCUGGCUCCACAGGACUGCACUACAAGCCCACAGAGCAGUUCAACGGGCAGGGCGCCAGCUUCAACGGGGGCAGCAUCGGCUACAGCCAGCCUGGCUUGAGUGGGCCUUCCCGUUCCAUCCCUGGUUACCCCAGCUCCCCACUGCCGGGGAAUCCCACACCACCCAUGACGCCCAGCAGCAAUGUUCCCUACAUGUCCCCAAGCCAGGAAGUCAAGUCUCCUUUCCUGCCUGACCUCAAGCCAGGCCUCAGCUCUUUGCACCCAUCACCCUCUGGAAGUGGUCCUUGUGAUGAGUUGCGCCUGACCUUCCCAGUUCGAGAUGGGGUGGUCCUGGAACCCUUCCGCCUGCAGCACAACCUGGCUGUGAGCAACCAUGUCUUCCAGCUCCGAGACUCUGUCUACAAGACUCUGAUGCUGAGGCCUGACCUGGAGCUGCAGUUCAAGUGCUACCACCAUGAGGACCGACAGAUGAACACCAACUGGCCAGCAUCUGUGCAGGUCAGCGUCAAUGCCACACCCCUCAGCAUCGAGCGUGGAGACAACAAGACUUCGCACAAGCCCCUCUACCUGAAGCACGUGUGCCAGCCAGGCCGCAACACGAUCCAGAUCACUGUUACCGCCUGCUGCUGCGUGGGUAGCCUGCGGGGCUGUGGGUUGGGUCUGUCAGGGUUCAGGCUGGGGCCUUCAGAGACCACCCAGACCAUCAGCUCUCCUGUGGGCUUGGGAGCUUGUGGGGGAGGGUCUUUGUCCUUGAAGAACAGGUGUUGCUUCUCAUGUCUGCCCUUUCAGAAAAGGGAGCCAGGAAAUCCACCCCGUUUCCCAGUUAGAUUGCAUUGGACAGAUUUAAUGCUCAUGUUAGAUAUAUCAGAAAGAAUGGCCUGUCUCCCUGUCUCCCUGUCUCUGCAGUGCUUUGACCUGGAGUCAUACUUGCAGCUCAACUGUGAGCGGGGGACCUGGAGGUGCCCUGUGUGCAAUAAGACGGCCUUGCUGGAGGGUCUGGAGGUGGACCAGUACAUGCUGGGUAUCCUGAUUUACAUUCAGAACUCAGACUAUGAGGAGAUUACCAUCGACCCCACGUGCAGCUGGAAGCCAGUACCUGUGAAGCCUGACCUGCACAUCAAGGAGGAGCCAGAUGGGCCAGUGCUGAAACGCUGCCGCACUGUGAGCCCCGCCCAUGUGCUCAUGCCCAGUGUGAUGGAGAUGAUCGCAGCUCUGGGCCCAGGCGCUGCCCCCUUUGCCCCUUUGCAGCCCCCUUCGGCCCCUGCCCCCAGCGACUACCCCAGCCAGGGUUCCAACUUCCUGGGGCCUGGAACCUUCCCAGAAUCCUUCCCAUCUGCUACACCCACCACCCCAAACCUUGCCGAGUUCACCCAGGGGCCACCUCCCAUGUCCUACCAAUCUGACAUUCCCGGCAGCCUCUUGACUGCAGACAAGUCUGCUCCUUGCCUCCCAAGCCAGAUGGCACCAGCAGGCCACCUGGACCCAGCCCAUAAUCCUGGACCACCAGGAUUGCAUACCCCCAACCUCGGGCCCACCCCAGGCUCCCAGCUACACCAUCCAAAUCCUCCCCCUCCAUCCCGACAGUCCCUGGGUCAACCAAAUACAGGGCCCAUCAGCGAAUUGGCCUUCAAUCCUGCCACGGGCAUGAUGGGACCUCCCAGCAUGACUGGGGCAGGGGAGGCCCCAGAACCAGCUCUGGAUCUGCUCCCAGAACUGACCAAUCCUGACGAACUGCUCUCCUACCUGGGUCCACCCGACCUCCCCACAAACAGCAGCGAUGACCUGCUCUCGCUCUUUGAGAACAACUGAUCGUGUGUUAGCCCCUGGCCUGGCGAGGACACACUCACAGAUAUCACCACAGCCUUCCCUUCUCACCCAGCCCCACAGGAUGCCUGGUGGUUCUCCCUGAAUCUCCUCAUGCACACACCCUGAGCUGGGGCCAGCCCCUGAUGAACUGGAAGCAGCCCUGUGCUCCAAGGGGCCUCAGGACAGUGGUCCUCACACCCACCCUCCAUCAAGCUCACUGCUACAGAAUGGGUCUUUUCGGGUGCCCUGCAGGCCCCAUCAGCUGCGUGUGCACACAACCCUACACCCCAGACUCAUGGCCUUGUCCUUCCGCCCUGCCUGCUCCCACCUGGCCUGCAUCUUGUCCAGCACUGACCCUCUGUUUCUGCUUCUCCUCAGAAGAGCUGGCUGGCAAGGCUGGCUCCGUACUCUUGGUCUGCAGCUCCCAUGGCUUGAGCCUGGCAGGCUCAGAACGAUACAGAGCACCAGCCUGUGGGGGCCUGGUGCUCUCACCCAGCUGAAUGUGGUCUGGGGGUUCCCCCCUCCACCCUGAGCUUCAGGCAGAGGCUGGGGUGGGGGCAAUAAAGCACAACAAUGUACAUAGUGUAGAAAUGCUCACAGCUGGGAGAGGGAGGGCAGCUGUGUAAGCCAGCAUGUUCCUCUGUGGACUGGCCUGGGCCUUCCCAGUGCUGUCUGCCCCUUACUGAAUGCAGACAGCUCAGGGGGAGGUCGGAGGUUCAGCCCCUUUAGGGGUGGGCUUUCAGACUCAGCUCUGUGUAAAUUCUCCAGUGAGCUGCUCCCCCAGUUCCUCUUUUCUGUGAAAGUGAAGAAUUAGUACAGCUGUGUUUUUUAAACCACCUCAUCUCCACCCUGCUGCCCACACCCAGGUGGGGGAGGCCAUUGCAUCUGCUGGCAAAGCGCCUGGGCCCGCAAGCAGGGCGCUGGCCUGUUGUGUCUCUUGUCUGUGCGAUCUAUUAAAGGACUCCCUCGCGGGCC